UUACAGACUCGAACGCAUAACGCGUCAUUCCCGAAUAGUGUGGUGUUCCCGGGCGGCGUUUGUGAGGCCGCCGACGGUGACCAGGAGUGGUACAAGCAUCUCCGUACCUUUGGAUAUACGGAGAACGAUUUUCAAAGUUUCCAUCGCAUUGGAAGUCCAUUAACGCCUUUAUUUGAAAAUAAUCCAAUUCAAAGGCAUGUCGCCUUGAGAAUAACUGCUAUAAGGGAGACUUUUGAAGAAUUAGGACUCCUUAUAUGCAGUCAGAGUCAAAAAUCUGAAAGAAACACCGAUUGGGCGUCACUUUUAACUGACGAUGAUCUAAAACAUUGGAGAGAAAGGGUAAGCAAAAAUCCUGCAGAACUGUUAACACUCUGCAAGGAAUAUAAAUGCUAUCCAGAUAUAUGGGCUUUGCAUUACUGGAGUAACUGGCUUACACCUGUCAAACAACCAAAGAGAUUUGAUGCAGCUUUCUUUGUUACUGUUUUAGAAAAUAAACCUACAAUAUACAGUAAUUCUGAAGUAGUUAAUGUAGAGUGGUCAACACCAACAGAAGUAUUAAAAAGCAGUAGUAAAGCUGAGGUUUUGCUUUAUCCACCUCAAGCAUACGAGUUUAGCAGAUUAUCAUAUUUACCAGAUAUCAAUGAAUUAAUAACAUUUGCUAAGGAAAGAAGUCCUCGGGGUAACAUAUUAUUAUACACCGUGCCUGUACAAACUAAGGAUGGAGUAAUUGAAUUGUUACCAGGUGACUAUCUGUACCCGUCCGAUGUAGAUUUCAACACUGAAAGUGAUCCAAAAAAAGAUAAAACCAUAUUAGAACUUCGAGGAAAUAACCAACCGCUUCACAGAAUCGAGGUGACAAAAUCAAGAAGAGAAUUCAUAAUACAAAAUUAUCAUCCUACAAAUCAUAUCAAUAUGAAUAACUUGGUUAUACCAUUUCCUUCAAAAGCUGUUUAAAAAUUCA